AUGGAUGUCAAGCCGCCUAUGGUCGAGGACCAGGGUGAUGAACCGCGAGAUCAGUGGAAAGACAGCCCUGAGAAUCCGAACAACUGGCGUCUGCGCAAGAAACUCUACCACACCAGUAUCUGCGCGGCAUAUGCCUUUACCAUUACCUUUAUGUCCUCGAUCUACUCUUCUGGCUACCGAGAACUGAUGCAAAAGUACCAUGUCUCUUCGACAGUCUCCCUCCUCGGAGUGUCGCUGUUCUGUCUGGGGUUGGCCUUUGGACCCAUUGUCGCGGCGCCGUUGAGCGAGACAGUCGGCAGGCUCGUGAUCUACCGGCUCAGCCUCCCAAUCGCCGCGCUGUUUCUGGUCGGGGCGGCGGUCUCUGAUAGCCUUGCAUCGGUACUCGUCUGUCGCUUCUUUGCGGGGUUCUUCGGAAGUCCUGCUUUGAGCGUUGGUGGAGGAACAAUUGCAGAUAUAUGGCAGCCCCGGUACAGGAAUCGGGCCACGUCGGUCUUCGUGAUGGCGCCCAACCUCGGGCCUAGCUUGGGCCCUGUGAUAGGCGGCUUCGUCGAGGAGCACAAAGGCUGGAGGUGGCUCGAAUGGGUGUCCGUCUUUCUCGCGCUGCUCACGUACAUCUGGGCAGUGGGAAUGUGUGAAACGUAUAAAAAGGCCAUAUUGAAGAAGGUGGAAAAGGCAAAAGUGGAUGCGGACUCAAAUGCUGCAUCGGACUCUGUCCAGGUCUCAGACAUCCUCAAGGCCGUUAAGGCCUGGAUGUCCACCACUCUCGGCCGGCCGCUAUCAAUGCAAGUGACUGAGCCAAUCGUGCUCUUUCUCAGCCUCUACGUGGCUCUGAACUUUGGCAUCCUGUACAACUUCUUCCCGGCGGUCCCGUGGUCGUUGUCGAGGACCUAUGGCUUCGGCCAGGGCCAGUCAGGACUCUCGUUCGUUGCCAUCGCUAUCGGCUGCCUCCUGGCCACUACUACGAGUGUCGGGUUCGACUUGGUUUUGGCCAAAAAGCGGAAACUUGCCCAGGCGCCGCGGCCGAAUCAGCUCGAAGAUAUCCUCUGGCCUGCCAUGUGUGGCAGCGUCGGCAUCCCGAUCGGCCUGUUUUGGUUUGCCUGGACCGUCCGACCAGAUGUGCACUGGGCGAGUCCCGUGUGUGCAUUGAUCCCGUUCGCGUGGGGCAAUCUCUGUAUCUUCAUUUCUGCCAUCAGUUACCUCGUCAACAUCUACGGACCGACUUUCGGUGCUUCAGCUACGGCCGCGAACGCUUUUGCCCGGUACGGAUUCGCGGCAGCUUUCCCUCUUUUCGCCGUGCAGAUGUAUGAAAAUUUGGGUACCGGUAAGGCCACCAGUAUUCUGGGAGCCUGUUCUGUCGCAAUGGUGCCCAUCCCCUGGGUCUUGUAUAGAUGGGGACCAUAUAUCCGCAGCCGGAGUCGCCGCGCCAUAUCUCUGAGUGCGUACUAG